AUGGCAGCUGCUGAAGACGAGUUCCUGCCACCACUGCGGCUCCCCGAGCUAUUCGAUUCCGGCAAACAGCUUCUGGACGAAGUCGAAGGAGCAACUGAACCCACCGGUUCCCGUAUAGUCCAGGAGAAGGUGUCCAAGGGCCUCGACCUCCUUGAGAAGGCUGCCAAAAUGUUAUCGCAGCUUGACUUGUUCAGCCGAAAUGAAGAUUUGGAGGAGAUUACUUCCACCGACCUAAAGUACCUGAUGGUGCCAGCGUUUCAAGGAGCCCUCACCAUGAAACAAGUCAACCCCAGUAAGCGUCUAGAUCAUUUGCAGCAGGCUCGCGAACACUUUAUAAACUACUUAACUCAGUGCCAUUACUAUCAUGUGGCCGAAUUUGAGCUGCCCAAAACCAAGAACAACUCAGGUGAAAAUCACACUACUAUUACUUCCAGGGCUUAUCCUAGCCUCGUUGCUAUGGCAUCUCAAAGACGGGCUAAAAUAGAGAGAUACAAGAAGAAGAAGGAGUUGGAGCAUAGGUUGUCUACAAUGAAAUCUGCUGUGGAAAGUGGUCAAGCAGAUGAUGAGCAUGUUCGUGAAUAUUAUCUUCUUCACCUUCGGAGGUGGAUUGAUACCAGCUUAGAAGAGAUUGAGAGCAUUGACCAGGAAAUAGAGAUCCUGAGAGAGAAAGACUCUUCAAGAGAGGCAUCCACUUCUAACUCAUCUCGCCAGGAGAGGCCUCCAGUGAAACCUUUCAUUCUCACUCGGAACAUGGUGCAAGCCAAAGUAUUUGGCACUGGUUAUCCAAGUCUGGCUUCUAUGACAGUGAGUGACUGGUAUGAUCAACAUCGGAAACAUGGAGCGUUACCAGAUCAGGGAAUAGCCAAGGCAACACCAGAAGAAUUUGGAAAAGCCACUCAGCAACAGGAAGAUCAAGAAAAGGAAAAAGAGGAUGAUGAACAAACACUCCAGAGAGCUCGGGAGUGGGAUGAUUGGAAGGACACCCACCCUAGGGGCUAUGGCAACCGACAGAACAUGGGUUAA